AAAACAGGGGGGGGGGGGGGGAGAUGAUUUGAAGAUGGGCAGAUGAUAAGGUUUGACAUUGCCACCGGUGGAGUCAACAAAAGCUUGGCUUCAGCUUCAGCCUUUGCGAGAAAACAAAUGAGCACCGACCUCACCUUUAAUCAGCACCCACAGAAAAAAAAGCCUUAUUAAAAGGAGGGCAAGAAAGAGACGCAUCGGAUCACGCCAUCCUCUUACACUUCUCCGCGGGUUGGUGCACCGAAGGCACCGAGAAGAGGGGGUGGCGGGGAUGAAUAAAGGUGGGAGGAGUUAAGUAAUGGAACGCCCUGUGACGUUUAAUAUAAGAAGGGGGGAUAAAGGGGUGUGCUUGCUGUGUUGUGCGAGGAGGGAAGUGGGGCAACCUGGAGUUGACUGGCAGAUGAGUAUUCUACUGCUGGUGUUGGGAGUAUCUCACAAGAGUAUUAGUCUGCCUCAUUUAACUGGAGGACAGUGUGCAAAGGUUUUAUCUUUUGGAAAGGAAAUUUCUUUAAAAGAAGAGAUGUUUAUGUUGGGAUGAGCUGUCAUCAGCAUUAGAUGCUUUAUCUGACGCGCACCUGCAAUGUCUGCUGCUGCUGCUGCUGCUGCUACUGCUGCUGCUGCUGCUCCUCCUCAUAUUACCUGGGCGCAGUAAUAAUAAUGGAAACCACGGCAAAGAGGGUGCUUAAGCUCCUAAUCAUCGAACGAAGCGGAGACUGUUAUGGGAUUAGCAGUGUCCGGCGGGUGGAACGGAGGAUAUGGAGUUAGAGAGACAUGGAAAGGGAAGGAUGGUUAAGUUCCUAACUGCAUCUUUCUAACUCAGAAGUCUAUAUUCAUCAUUCUCUCCGAGGCCCCACGAGCGGGCUACUGCUUCUUUCUCAGGCGGCCCCCCUCCCCCAAGCAGUGUCAAGGAGAGAGAGCAAGCUGCAGUUAUAGCGUGUGUAGGUGAGAGAGAGAGAGAGAGAGGAAUCAUAAGAGAGAAAGAGAAAGAGAAAGAGAGAGAGAGAGAGAGAGGGAGAGGAAACAGUGGGGAAAAGCGAUGCAAGAAAAGAGGAGGAAGGAGAAAAGCUGAGGGAGUUAGGGUUUUAGGAUCUAAACCUACGCGCCUCUCUCGCCUUCCCCCUUCUCUCCCACCUUUCUUUCUCGGUGUCGUAUCUUAUUGUUUGCCGCUCGCUCUCACUCUUUUCUUGCAUCAUUUUCUUAUCUGUGCGGUUAAACAACCUCAGGUAGCGUCUUCCUUCCCCACCUCCUCUCUCUUUCUUUCCUUCCUUUCAUUCUCGCCCGCACCAACGCGCGCACAGAGACAACAGUCAAUCAGCAGGAGAGCCCCACGCCAGUCUCCAGCCAAGUAUGGAGCGGCCCCCUGCACGUGUUUGCCUCCUCAAACCCUAACUAGGUUAUAUCGCUCUCUCUCUCUCUCUCUCUACCCUCCCCUUCCCCCUUAAUAUUUCUUCUCAACUUUUUUCUCCAUCCAAAAAUAUAAGAACUGGAGCUGCCGUAAAGAUAAAUAUAUAUACACAGUUGGAGAGGAAAAGGAAAAGAAAGAAAAGCAAGCAAUUGGUGUUGAUCUUAGGGAUAGAUUGGAAAACAGUAAAGCAUGGAACAAAGCGAGCUUAGUAGGCAUGGAGGACAGGGAGGUGGUGGUGCAGGAACAGGAGGAGGAGGAGGAGGAGGAGGAGGAGGGAGAGGGGGAAGAGUUCGGGCAAAUAGCAACAGCAGCAGUGGCACCAGCAGCAGCAGAAGCACUUCGGAACACCACCAGCCACAGCACCACUUUGGCCACCAUCACCACCAGCAGCAGAAGCAGCAAGGAAACAGCAGCAUCCCGUCGUCGCUCGAGCUGGUCCCGUUAAAGAACAGAGCGGGCCCCAGCUCAGUAGCCCCCUUCAUGGGCUCCAUCGUCCACCACGGCGUCGUCGACGCCUCCCUCGCCAUCUCCACCGCCAAGCCCGAUCCCUCCCUUUCCCCCGGCGCCGUUGGCCCCUCAUCUUCCUCUGCCGCCGCCGACACGUCCAAGAAGCUCGCCGGCGGCGGCGCCCCAGCCAAACGCUCCUCCAAAGAUCGCCACACCAAGGUCGACGGCCGCGGGCGUCGGAUCCGCAUGCCGGCCAUCUGUGCGGCGCGUGUGUUCCAGCUGACGCGGGAGCUCGGGCACAAGACGGACGGCGAGACCAUCGAGUGGCUGUUGCAGCAGGCGGAACCCGCCAUCAUCGCUACCACCGGUACCGGCACCAUCCCGGCCAACUUCUCCACACUCAACAUCUCGCUGAGGAGCAGCGGCUCCUCCCUCUCUGCCCCGCCCUCCAAGUCCGCCCCGCUCUCCUUCCACGCGCUUGCCCUCGCCCACCACCGCCCCGACUUCGAGCAGGUGACCGACCCCGGCAUGUCCCACGCCGCCGCAAUGCUCGGUUUCCACCAGCUCCACCCUCAUCCCCACCAACAUCAGCUCCUGUCCGCCGAUCAGAUUGGAGAAGGGUUACAAGGCGGAGGCAGUAGCGGCGGUGGC